AUGGCAGUUCCCACUCUUGACUUCAGCAAGUUCAUCUCAGGAACCCCUGAGGAGCGCAAGCAGUUUGCGCUUGACCUGCUCGACAGCUUUGAGAGGACCGGGUUCGCAAAGUUGAAGAACCAUACCUUCAGCAAUGACCAGCUUCGAGAACUGUUUCACUGGGGACACUCGUUCUUUAACCAGCCCCUGGAGGUCAAGAACGCGAUUCCAAACGAGCCCGGGCCUAGGCCCAUGCGUGGCUACACUCCUUGGCGAGUAGAGGAGGUCGGGAAGCUGCACCAUGAAGAAAGAGUCCGCAUUAUGAAGGACUCAAAGGAGCAUUUUGACCAGGGCCCCUCUGACGACGUGGAGUUCCCCAACAAGUGGCCCACUGACUCCAGCCUGGCCGGCUUCCGGCCUUUUAUGGAAGCCUUCUACCAGCAGUGCAACGAUGUGUGCCUCACAUUGAUGCAUGCCCUCGAGGUCGCCUGGGACAUUGACGAUGGAUCCCUCGUCGCCCGGUGCGCCCCCAGUGCCACCGACAUGCGACUUACACACUAUCCCGAGAUCGCCGUCGAUGAGCUGCAGACGGGACGCACCACCCGUAUUGCACCCCACACGGACUUUGGCCCCAUCACCUUGCUGUUCCAGGACAGCACCGGUGGGCUGGAGAUUGAAGACCGCCGCGCCAAUGCGUUUGUCCCCCUGCCGCCAACUGAUACGACCGAGAUGAUUCUCAACGUGGGCGACACGUUGACUCGCUGGACUAACGGCAGAAUCACUGGAGGCGUGCACCAAGUUGCUGUCCCGGAGGCGAUGAGAGGCAAGAGCGGACUGAUUAUCCCGUCUCGCAUGUCUAUGGCGUAUCUAUUCAAGGCUGGACGUGAUACGUCUGUUGGUCCGCUGCCCAAGUUUGUCUCUGCCAAGGAGCCUGCCAUUUAUCCUGACAUUACUGCCCUUGAGUUCCAGCGCUGGAGGAACAGCAUUGUCUACAACUUGGAUAAGGAGGAAGACAGUGUCAAGUAUAAUGGGCAUGUGGACAAGCCCGCAGCGGCGGCAGGCCUCCAGCAAGUCCAGGCCAUCCGCGCCUAA